ACGCGAGGACGACGCGUUGGGUCGACUCGCGGCGGAGAUCGUGGCGGACGAGAUCGAGGGCGUGGACGCGGAGGCGUUGGAGCGGGACGUCGAGCGGCUGUUCACGCUGGUGGAGGGACUUCGGAGACGCGAGCGAAACGGCGAGAUCACGCGCGUCGAGCUGCUGAGGAUAGCGGGGGACCUGUCGGGGGCGACGAAGAACGUGUUGGGGCUCAGAAAGCUCUUCGCGAGCGCGUCGUUGGACAUUGCGGAGAUGUGCGCGAGAGAGCCGGAUUUAUUGCGCGUUGAAGACCUCGACGCGGUACGCGAACGGGUGAAGAGGACGAGGGAAACGUUUGGAGAGGUCGGUAUGGACGCCGAUAGGUUCUUCGACGCGAUGCCGUCAUGUUUAUUAGCGGAAGCGAGCGAUUUUGACGUCGUCGCCGCGCGCGCGGUGGCGCUGAAGAAGCUCAUGCCGGAUGCGGACGUGGCAAAGAUUUGUAGAGCCAAGCCGUGGGUGUGCCUGGACGCGAAGUCGUACGCAAUCGCCGAAUGUGCUGUUGCGGCGACACGUGCGGCGAUGCCACCCGAUUGCAGAGUGGAUCUUAUGCUAUCAGAUUUCCCUUCGUUGCUCUUCGUCGACAUUGACGCAUUGCUCGAGGACAUUAAAAACGUCUUCGGGGGAGAUCCGGCUGAAAUACUUCGUCGCAAUCCCGCCAUUUCUUACAGGUUUGAGAAGAAUUCCGGCAUCUUCAAACCGCUUCGCUGA